GCGGUGAACUGGAUGAUGCUUUCAACAUUUUCUUGCUGAUGCCAGGAUCUCAGAGUGUCGUUUCAUGGACUGCUAUGAUAGGCGGAUGCAUUCAGAACGGUGAUAUUCCUCUUGCUGCCUCACUCUUUAGCAGAAUGAGAGAAGACAAUGUCAAGCCAAAUGAGUUCACCUACUCGACGAUGCUCACAACAUCACUGCCAGUCUUGCCUCCCCAGAUUCAUGCCCAGAUCAUCAAAACCAACUACCAGCAUGCACCGUCUGUUGGGACUGCACUUCUUGCCUCAUACUCAAAGCUUGGAAGCACUGGAGAAGCCCUCUCUAUAUUUGAAACCAUUGACCAGAAGGACGUUGUUGCAUGGUCUGCAAUGUUGUCGUGCUAUUCCCAAGCUGGCGACUGCGAUGGUGCCACAAAUGUGUUCAUGGAGAUGUCCAUGCAAGGCAUGAAGCCAAAUGAGUUUACUAUCUCUAGUGUCAUCGAUGCAUGUGCUAGUCCCACCGCUGGGGUUGACCAGGGUAGGCAGUUCCACGCUGUUUCGAUCAAAUACAGAUACCAGGACGCUGUCUGCGUGGGCAGCGCACUUGUCAGCAUGUAUGCAAGAAAAGGGAGCAUUGACAGUGCUCGAAGUGUCUUUGAGAGGCAGACAGAGAGAGACUUGGUGUCAUGGAACUCGAUGAUAUCAGGGUAUGCGCAGCACGGUUACAGCAAGGAGGCCCUUGAUACAUUCUGUCAGAUGGAAGCUGCAGGCGUCGAGAUGGAUGGCGUCACAUUCCUCGCGGUUAUCAUAGGAUGCACUCAUGCUGGACUUGUACAAGAAGGCCAGCGAUACUUCGAUUCCAUGGUUAGAGACCACAAGAUCAGUCCCACCAUGGAGCAUUAUGCGUGCAUGGUGGAUCUCUACAGCCGCGCAGGCAAGUUGGAUGAAACAAUGAACCUUAUCGGAGACAUGCCUUUCCCAGCGGGUGCAAUGGUAUGGCGCACACUGCUAGGCGCAUGCAGAGUUCACAAGAAUGUUGAGCUUGGGAAGCUGGCCGCAGAGAAGCUGCUAUCGCUUGAACCGCUCGAUUCGGCUACAUACGUGCUGCUCUCCAACAUCUAUGCGUCCGCAGGGAGGUGGAAAGAGAGGGAUGAAGUGAGGAAGCUCAUGGAUUCUAAAAAGGUGAAGAAGGAAGCUGGAUCCAGCUGGAUUCAGUUCAAGAAUAAGGUCCAUUCCUUUAUAGCCUCCGACAAAUCGCACCCUCUGUCCGACCAGAUAUACGCAAAGCUGAAGGCGAUGACAGCCAGGUUGAAGCAGGAGGGUUACUGUCCGAACACGAGCUUUGUGCUCCAUGACAUGGCAGAAGAGCAGAAGGAAGCCAUGCUGGUCACGCACAGUGAGCGGCUGGCUCUUGCCUUUGGUCUGAUAGCUACACCACCAGGGACGCCCCUUCAGAUUGUCAAAAACCUGCGGGUCUGUGGGGACUGCCAUGUGGUGAUGAAGAUGGUGUCGGCGAUUGAGGACAGGGAGAUCAUCAUGCGAGACUGCAGCAGGUUCCACCACUUCAAAUCUGGUGCCUGCUCUUGUGGUGAUUUCUGGUGAUGUAGAGCAGAACAAACUGACAGUGGAUACAGCAGACUGGCAAUGCCAUCCACAACAAUGUGACCUGCAAGUAGACCCUGAAGUAGUUCAUGAGUAUGUGUUGUCUGAAGCCCCAAUGUCAGCUAUACAAAGGUACAAGCUUAUAGGUAGUGGUUCUGUGCCUGUUUGCAGGCGAGUGCAGCACGUGACGUAGUAUAUGAUCUUUGUUCAUCCUGGUGCAUAUCUGAUUUUUGUCUCUGUUAUGGACUCAUCAUUCAUUGGCCUGGAUUGUUGCCUACUUUUUGCCAGAACGGGUGGGUGACCAAACUUUUUGUGAACUUGAUCCCCCUCUUAUAUCUAUGGCAUGUGGGACAGGCUACCAUUGGCAAUUCAAAUUUUGUCUGAGCCAUGUUUCCACAGCUGUUUGGUGAGAGACCAUUUUUUGUGAAUGCGCCUGCACUUUGAUCAUGAGUAACAAGGGUAAAGUAGUGGUGUAUGACUAGGAAUCCAAACACAACCUUUUGUUCUCAUCCAGAUAGUGUAAAAGAAGUACACUAUGAUGAUGCAAACCAAACCUUACUGAAUUCCAGUCCGGCACGUACAUGGAACAUGGCAUUGCGCAUGUCUAUAGCAUGAGAUCUGUAUUCAGACGAUCAGAACUUCGACGGCGACCGUAUUCAAAAUGCCUGGAGGAUGGGGGAGACUGAUCUGUGGAGGCUGUAGGCGAUAGCAACCAUGGUCACGGCACUUGGUUCUGUUCAUCUCCACAGAAGAAUAUUUCCAAUGCAACAAAGGGGAAUGGCGGUCAGGUUUCGCGGAGGCUGAAUCUCCGCAAUUUAUUUAUUUAUUUUUGCUUUCACACGGGCCUUCUCAUUUUCUGUGGCCACUUAUGUCAUUUUCUCUGUUACUCCUUCCAUUGCAAAGUUUUGGUGAUGGUA